UCGAUGAAUUUAAUCGAUAAUUAAUUCUGAUUGCGAUCCCUCGUAAUUUUAUUCAAAUCAUUCAAAUUAAUCUGCGUGUAUCCUCGAAGCCGAUAAAAGUUUGAUCCAUCAGUUUUCUGUGUAUAAGAGACCUUAAAUAAUUUGACGUAUCACAGUCAUUUAGCAAUUAGUACGCGUAAGCGCCACACACUAAAAAAUGUUCAUUUGGGACUGGUUUACAGGAGUUCUGGGUUACCUUGGACUGUGGAAGAAAAGUGGGAAGCUUCUGUUCCUUGGAUUGGACAAUGCUGGCAAAACAACGUUGCUACACAUGCUCAAGGAUGAUCGGCUAGCGCAACAUGUGCCAACGUUGCACCCAACGUCUGAAGAAUUAUCCAUCGGCAAUAUGAGAUUCACAACUUUUGAUCUUGGUGGUCACAUGCAAGCACGUAGAGUUUGGAAAGACUAUUUUCCAGCUGUUGACGCGAUAGUGUUUUUGGUUGACGCCAGUGACAGGUCUCGAUUGCCAGAGUCCAGAGCUGAGCUUGACGUACUGUUAACUGAUGAACAGCUCAGUGCUUGCCCUGUUCUUGUCCUAGGCAACAAGAUCGACAAGCCUGGAGCAGCCUCUGAAGACGAUCUUAGAAAUUUCUUCAACCUCUAUGGCCAAACCACUGGCAAGGGAAAGGUAUCGCGUAGUGAUAUUCCCGGACGUCCGUUGGAGCUUUUUAUGUGUUCGGUGCUGAAGAGACAAGGAUAUGGCGAAGGUUUCCGUUGGCUUGCCCAGUACAUUGACUGAGCAUAUGGAAACGAAAUGAUACAACGCUGAUUCCCUGAAUUCCCUACGUUUUCACCUGAAAGGUUGUCUCUCUCGUACAUAUAAAGUUAGCAGAGUGCAAUGCAAAAAGAAGGGAGUACUCUUACACUACCAGGCAAUAAUGUUCGAAUUUUCCGGUUGCUCAGCAAAAAUUGACUCCCAACCAUUUACUGACUGUGACUUCUAUGAUAUAUAAUACAUAGUAAGAGAGCUUACUUUCGAUCGAUUGAGACAACUCUUCUGAAACAAUAAAUAAACGAAACGUUUUUGACUUGAUCUAAAAACUAUUCAAACUCUACAGAUCUCCCAAUCUUCCCCUACAGACUUAUAUAUUUCAGUGCUACGGGAUACGGUGACGCUCUUAAGAAGCGCUAUAAACCAUUUUGAUAAAUGAAACAAAAAUAAAGUAUCUAUUUAAGAAUGAUAGAGUUCUGAAAACUUAUUUUGUUCUGUUAAGUGAUUUUUAUGGACUAAAAUAGAACAUUUUUUUCGAGACUAAAAUAUAUGGAACCUCAUGGGACCUAAAUAGUACGCAGAGUUUCCAGAAGAUUCGACAUAUUACUUGUUUCCAUCAUCAACUUCAUGCCCGAAAUGUAAUUUAUUAAAUUGCUAACAAAAAAAAAAGAAAAAAAACGAAUAAGAAACUUUGUAACAAAUAUUCAUGGGUUGUGAUGGAUUUGGCAUUUCAACAAGUACAGCGUCCAAAAUUUUUAAGGAAAACCUGAAGUGUGGAUCGGGUGUUAGAUAAUUUGUGUAGUUGAUAAUAAAAAUAGGAAAAUUAAUUCACUCGAGCGCAUUAAAAGUUACAGAGAUGAUGAAUUAUCAUCAACUGCAGAUUUCCAUAAUUAAAUAAACCAUUCACACCAUCUGUUAGCUUGGUUUUUUUUUUUUUUUUUUUUUUUUU